UGGUUGCAAUAUUCUUCUCAUUUCUCAUACCUGCUUAUUUGUUUGUUCCAUUACUUGCUUCUUUCUUUGAUCGAUCAUGUCACUUGCUGGUAAAAUCACCUCUGAAAUUGGGGUUCAUGCAACCGCUGCCAAGUGGUUCAACCUCUUUGCCACACAACUUCAUCAUGUUCAAAACCUCACUGAUAGGGUUCAUGCUACCAAGCUGCAUCAUGGUAAUGACUGGCAUCACAAUGAGUCCGUCAAGCACUGGACUUACAUCAUAGAUGGCAAGGUUACAACAUGUCAGGAGAGUAUUGAAUCUGUUGAUGCAGCGAACAAAACAAUUGUCUACAAGCUCUUUGGUGGUGACAUAGAUCGCCAGUUUAAGGUCUUUAAGUUCGUCUUUCAAGCAAUUGAUAAGGGUCAUGGUGCUAUUAUCAAAUGGACCGUUGAAUAUGAGAAGAAUGCUAAUGAUGUUGAUCCUCCAUAUGGCUACGUCGAAUACUUCCACAAGUGCACCAGUGACAUUGAUGCUAAUCUUCUCAAGGCAUAGCCCCAAAAAUUAUGUAUAAAAUAAAAUAAGAAAUUAUGGGGUUGGCCUUGUGAUGAUAAGUGCUUAUAUGUAUAAUAAUCUGUGUGAGGUUUGGCGAGAAGGAUGCUUAUGUGUUGAUCCUUCCUCGCAUUGAAUAAACUUUGGAUAUGCAUGUCGGUGUUUUAAAUUAUAUGUUAAAGUGUUAUUGUGAUGCAUAUGUAAUGGAUAUUUAUGCUUCACAUAAAUACAUACUUUCGUCCAGUUCUAUA